CUCCAAAGCCGUCGAUUCGCCGUCAUUUGUCGCAUUCAUGCAAUUUUCAGUCUUCAUAGCUAUUUUGGCAUCGGUACGGUCACUAUCAGGGUCUCCAACGCGCCGCAAGCUCCUGCUUGGUAGUAGUGCUGGGGCUGCAGUCGCACUGCCAGCGCUUGCCGAGGACGACGAGGCCGCCCGCGCAGCAGCAUUGCAAGCCAAGCUGGCGGAGCGCCGGAAAUUGAUGGAACUAUCGCGCAGUUCGAAUGAUAGACAACGCUACUUCGACCUGAGUCGCCAACGCGCCAGUGCGGUCUACAACACGACAUAUCGGGGUGCGUCAUGCGUGCCGGGAUUGCCUUGUAUCUAGCAGUCGGGCUGGCCAGUGCGGACCGCCUCCUCGAAGCGACCGUACGCGAGGCAGCGAUGAGCAGCCCCGAGUGGUGGGAGGCGCACCAUCAACUGGCCAAGCUGCAGCCCGGGACGAGCUGGUUCGGCCCCAUCGGCCGCGCGAUCGCCCAGGACAUCGCGAAGAACUACACUCGAAGCUGCGCGCUCGGCGACGCCGUGGUGCUCGGCAGCGGCUUUUCGAAGACGCCUUAUUGGUUGGCGCGCACCGGAGCGUUCCGACGCGUCUACGGGAUUGAUAGCUCAAUUUCGGCCGUGAGGGCGAUGAGCCGCUACGCGAAAGCGCUCGACCACGGCGGUCGCGGAUGGGACAUCGUUCGGUACGUGAGAGCGGAUUUGACGCGACCGGGACAAUUCCGAAGGGACGCGUCGCUUGUGCUGGACGAAGGAGUCCUAGAUGUCCUCCAGGCGGGCCCGGGCAUCGAUCCCGCGGCGCGUUCCGCCGCGAGACAAGUGAUGGAAAUAUAUCUCGAGCGCGCCUCCGCACUCAUUAGGCCAGGAGGAAUUUUUGUGGUUGUCGGAUACGCGGGCAAUCCGGCGGUCGUCAACCAAACUACCUUGGAGCUCUCCUGCUGGACGCGGGGCGGCGGAUUUCUCGGCCUCGACGCGCUGGGCGCCGACCCGCGCCGCGCCUGCUCGCCGUGGGGGCCCGGUGCAUACGUCCUCACGCGAUGACGGCGUCUUGAACUCUCUGGUUCGCGCCGCGAAGUGCGCCGAGCCUGUCCUCCGAAGAGCUGUG